UCCCAUCACGACCACCGUCGGGCUAAGCGAACCCUACCUCGAGCGAGAGCUAGCGGACGUGCGGUUGGUCGUUCCGGCAAGAUGCAGAUCUUCGUGAAGACCCUGACGGGGAAGACCAUCACCCUCGAGGUCGAGAGCAGCGACACCAUUGAUAACGUCAAAGCUAAGAUCCAAGACAAGGAAGGAAUCCCGCCGGACCAGCAGCGUCUGAUCUUCGCCGGGAAGCAGCUGGAGGACGGCCGCACGCUGGCCGACUACAACAUCCAGAAGGAGUCGACGCUCCACCUGGUGCUCCGCCUCCGUGGUGGCACCCGCGGCGGCCGUCCAAAGGGCAUCCCGCCCAACCUCUUGCAGCUCGCUCUCAAGUUCAACGAGAGUAAGAUGGUCUGCCGCAAGUGCUACGCGCGCCUGCCCCCCAGGGCUACCAACUGCCGCAAGAAGAAGUGCGGCCACACCAACGAGCUGAGGCCCAAGAAGAAGUUUGUUUGAGUGAGCAAGCCUUAGGUCGUCCAAUUGGAAAGCUCGGCAUGGAUCACUUGAAUAAGUAGUCUUAGCAUCCUGUCCGUCUCAGAGUUAUAAGUUGAGUCUUAGUACUACUUCUGUCCACAGAAAGAUGUUGAAAGUUUAUCUGAAUUCAGAGAUCUCUACACCUUUUAGUUACACCUUUUAGUGUAUAGAUACAUCUAAAUUUGGACAAACCUUCAACAUCCUUUUUUGAAUGGAGGGAACCAAAUUUCUUUACGGUGUCAAUAUAUGAUUAGUGAACACAUGUUUUUAUCCUUAGCUAUCGAAGUGGUCUGUACCCGCUCUAUUUCUUUUUUGAUGUUCUCUGCCUAGAGAUACCUUUUAUAUAUGUAUGUCUGCUGUUCCUUC